GUGUUACAGUAGUUGCUGAUUGCGCGACCAAAGCGUACCGUGUUCCGUCGUCGUUCCCCGUUACGUAAAAGAAAAAAACUGAAUCCGUGAAACGCAGAAAAACUGCAAUUUUUCAAACCAAAAAAAAAAAUAAAAAAAAGGAAAAGAACAACCCAAAACACAGUAGCUGGCACUUAGUUAGUCGGUCGUUGCCAAACCGUAUCUCAUUAUCGUGCAAGUUGUGGAUCCAUUAGGCUGCACUCCUCUUGGAGAAUAGCAUCAAGGAAGAAAUAUUAUUUAAGCUUCAGAUAAGAUAAAAACCAAAAAAGUGAAAUAUAAAACAAUUUGGAAAAAUAUUUAAACAAAUAAAUAAAUAACAAAAAUUAUUUAUUUAUCCCCAACUGUUGUAAAAAUUAAAAAAAGUGCAAAUAAUCGAAAACCAAAGGAUAUCUUCGUCUACUGUUUGCAAACACAUAUUAGUCAUAAACACCGCAAGUUCGUGGAAUAAAAAGGCAUAAAAACAACUCCAACGUAAAUAAAUACCUUACGCUAACACGCCGGCUCAAAUCGUCAACUCAAUCCAGUUUUAAGAAGCAUCUAUCCAUCCAUCCAUCCAGUCAUUCAGUCAUCCAAUACCAUUCACCCGUCAUUUUUGUCGUGGCCGUAGUCGGCGGCGUCGUCAUCAUCAUCGCCCCCUUGGACAUUCUAUCCUUGGAAUAGCUGGCACAACAACGGAAUAGCGUAUAACGGCAGACGACGAAGUCAACGCUCAUAAAAAUUCAAGCAAACCGAUUUGCUUUGGGUGUGCGUGCGUGUGUGUGUUUGUGUUUUUAUAGCUUCCAAAAUACUCUCUCUGGACUUUGGAGAUACCAUAGCUGUGAUUAGACGACCGUUGACGUCUCAUUAAAACGUAACGCUCACGCUUAGAGGCUCCAAAGAAUACAGCGACAGCAGAAUGCCGCAUACAGGUCAAGCUGGUGUCAAUCAGUUGGGAGGGGUAUUUGUAAAUGGUCGGCCCCUACCAGAUUGUGUUCGACGGCGUAUUGUGGAAUUGGCGCUGUGUGGUGUCAGACCCUGUGAUAUAUCCAGGCAACUAUUGGUGUCGCAUGGCUGUGUUUCCAAAAUUCUUACACGUUUCUAUGAAACGGGCUCCAUACGGCCAGGUUCUAUUGGUGGCAGCAAAACCAAGCAAGUGGCAACACCCACUGUGGUAAAGAAAAUCAUACGCCUGAAGGAGGAAAACAGCGGCCUCUUCGCCUGGGAGAUACGGGAACAAUUGCAACAACAACGUAUCUGUGAUCCCAGUUCGGUGCCCUCGAUAAGUUCCAUCAAUCGGAUUUUACGCAACAGUGGCUUGUGGACCGAUGAAAUGACAUCAAAUCAACAAAAUGCUGCUGCGGCCGCCGCAGCUGCUGCAGCCUCGGGUAAUCACACAGCCACUACCGGCAGUACUGCACCCUACUCCCUACCCAAUCAAUUGUACAGCAAUUCAUCCAAUCCCUUGCCUCCGGCGGUUAGCGAAGCUGCAGCAGGAUUUCCACACAAUCGCUCGGCCCAUGCCCAACAGACCAUGGCCUUGGCCAGCUCAUAUCGCUAUGCUGAUAUCAACAUGCCGACGGCUUCCAAUACACCAGCUCAUGCCGCAGCAUCCGAACAUCCCAUUAAACCAUCACCAAAACAUCCCAUGGUGGGUCUGGGAGCCACACCCUCCACCUCCACGCCCCAGCUGACACCACAAGAUCUUUCCUAUUCGGCGGCAUUGCAAAAACAUUGGUUUUGGAAUCCCUCUUUGCUCUACUACACCCAACAUGUUCAGGCGGCCACUCAAUUCUUGCCCUAUGCUGCCAGCCAUCCGGGACAAACUCCAACGGCUGCCUAUUUCCCUGCCUCCAUGCAUGGUGGUGGCUAUACCAAAUCUGAGAGUUCAAUUGAUUUGACAACACCCUCGGCCGGGGAUGCGCUCAGCGACUGUGACAGUGGCAAAUCAUCGCCGGCCACCAUUAACUUAAGUUCCACCUCCACAUCAUCGUGCAACAACAAUGCCACAACCAACACCAACAGUCGCAAACGUAAUCCCUACUCCAUUGAAGAGCUGUUGAAAAAACCUGAAAAACGUAUGCGUCUCAGUGGCACACAAAGCCACCUACACUCCUCCGCGUCGGGCGCCCUGAGAUUAAGUCCCAAAAAGGAUGAUUGCAACAUAAGCCUCUGUUCGGCCAGCAGUAGCCACAGCAACAGCAGUCACAUUAGCUGUGUGGGUGAUGAUAGCUGCGAUGAGGCCACCACUCGUUCCCCGCUCCACAAUCCGGCCAAUGGCAACAAUGAUGCGGAGGAAAAUUGUGAAACCGUUGAAGUGGUCAAUUGAGGAGGCAAUGUGAAAGGCGAAUGGUGUCCAAAUUUGUGUUAUUUUUUGUUGGUAGCUGUUUAUUUAAGUUAUUCGAAAGAGAGAGAGAGAGCAAGAGAGUAUUCUUAGUCGUUUAGAGAUUUAGUUUAGUAACAGCAUGGCUAUGGCUGACCAAUGACCUUGAGGGUUAUGUUGUAACUUCUUGAUAAGCGUAUUUAUGUAUUUUAAUUUAGUUAGUUUAAGUAGCCUGAAUGAUUUUUAGCCUUAGAUGAAAAAAAAAGUAAAAGAAAUUGCAAACUAUUACAAAUAAAAUAAAAUCGGUAUGAAAAUAAA